AUGGACUCGGACAUCUCACAAGCCUUCCAGAAAGAACUCACCUGCCUCAUCUGCAUUAACUACCUUAUAGACCCAGUCACCAUAGGCUGUGGGCACAGCUUUUGUAGGCCAUGUCUCUGCCUUUCCUGGGAAGAAGCCCAAAUCCCUUCCCCUUGCCCAAUGUGCAGGGAACCAUCACAGGCAACAGAUUUCAAAACCAAUAUUCUUCUGAAGAAUCUGGUGGCCAUUGCCAGAAAAGCCAGUCUCUGGCAAUUCCUGAGUUCCGAGGAACACAUGUGUGGGACCCACAAGCAGACAAAGAAGAUCUUCUGUGAAGAGGACAAGAACCUGCUGUGUGUGCUGUGCUCUCACUCUCAGGGGCACGAGCCUCACAGACACUGUUCCAUUGAAGAGGCUGCUGAGGAACACCGGUGCUAUGUGUAUCUACGGGCAGAGAUGACCAGGGGUGAGUAUAGAAAGCUGCAUCCAGUUUCCUGUGAGGAAGAAAAACAAUAUAUAGAGAAACUGAAAAAGGAACGCGAAGAGAUUUUACAAAAACUCAAGAGAUGUGAGGCCAAAAUGGCACAAAAGAGGAAACACCUAAAAGAAUUGUAUCAGGAACUGAUAGAAAUGUGCCAUAAACCAGAUGUGGAGCUGCUCCAGGACUUUGGAGACACAUUGACAAGGAGUGAGUCUGUGCAGCUGCCCCAGCUUGUGAAUCCAGAGCUCAGCGCGUGGUCCAUCACUGGACUGAUGGACAAGCUCAACUGCUUCCGAGUGGACAUUUCCUUCAGUAAUGAAAUAACCAAUCACAACAUCAGGCUGUUUGACAAUGUGAGAAGUCUGGUGUUUAGACAUGUCCAUCAAGAUGCGUCUUUGAAUUCUGACAGAUCUAACUAUUUUGCUGCAUGGGGAGCCCAGAGCUUCACCACUGGAAAACAUUACUGGGAGCUGGAUGUGAACGACUCUUGGGACUGGGCUCUAGGAGUCUAUAUCCAGCCAAAGCAGAUCAUCUAUGGGAAAACCUCUAAAUCUGAAGAUCCAAAUAUAUGGGUGAAUGCUUCUGAAGAUUUUGGCUCCCAAGAUAUAUCUCUGGAUCCAGACCAGCAUGCCAGCAACCUUGUCAGAAGCAGUACUUGCUGCUGCUGCUGCAAACACUGGUGCUGA